AUUGCUGCAGUCUUCUGCUGAAAAAAAACUUUGUUGCGUCACCGAUGAUUGCGAUGAUAACGCACUCCAAAGUUCAAUCGUCGGGCGUGUUACCAUAAUAUUAUGUCAUAAAUGAAUAAUAAUAAUUUCAGAAUUAAUGUGCUAGGAGGCACCUGUAUAAUAUAAUAUAUGCGUAUUAUUUUUGAAUCGCUCUGUAUUAACGAUGAUAUAUUAUAAUAUUAUUAUUGUAAUAAAGUGCGUGCGGAUUUUGCGCGGCAAAACGAGAUCGGUCGGAGCCUUGUGCGUGCGGGCGCGAGCGAUUCGCCGCCGCCGACGAUGGCCUUCGACGCAGACGACUCGGCCGACGCCGCGCACAACGUUAUAAUAUUAUUAUUAUUAUUAUUAUUAUUAUUACAAUCGUAUAAUAAUAUGCGUGUGUGUCGUAAAAAACAUAAAAAAAAAAAAAAAAAUUCGGAAUCGAAAAAAAACAGCAUAACGCGCGUGCUGCAAAAGUGAGCGAGAGGGAAAACGCCGGACGGAACACAAUAAGUGCGUGCGAGCGUGCGCUGCGGUGGGUUGGUGGGUCGUCGGGCGGUUGGGUGGCGGAGGGGAACAGCCGUAAAACAAAAAAAUAAAAUAAAAUAAGCGGCGCGCGCGUAGCGAAAUAAUAUCGUCGAAAAAGUAAUGCCAUACCGGGUGACCCGUUUCGGGCGUUAACGAACCUAACCACCACGUUUCUGAAAACACCUAAACUCUUCUUUUACCCGAGUCUGGGGUCAACGUAUUUGGAAAAAAAUUGUGUCUUGUCAAGUGUUGCUAUACCCACGCGAGUCUCACGUUUUUCGUUUCCUGAGCGUUCGCAGAGCAUUUCGAUCUACAAAACUCGAAUUUCGGACGAGUUCAGUUUAUCCGGUCCAACGUUUAGCGGAUCGACCUAGUGAUCCACUCCUCCUCCCGCAGACUUUGAAAAAUAUACUAUUGUGAUAAUCAUAUUCCAAUAAACUACUCGUCCGAAAUUCGAAUUGUAAAUGAAAUUAUUAUUAUGUGGGUCAAGUGUGUGUUAUCGCAACAGUAGUGCUCUGGAAACGUUUUGCUUCGGACCCAGGCAAAUCGAAAAAGAGGGCAUUUUGGAAAUGACAACGAAAUUGUGGUAACAAACGUGUUGCAAAUCGUGAUGGGAAAAGAAAAUUUUCUAAAAACGCAUACUGUGGCUCUCGAACGUAACACGAUCGUGUUGCGGAACACCCGGUAUGCACGAAAAAAACCUUCGCGCGCGCGAUUCCGAUCUCUCUCGAGCGGCGUGUCGGCGGCGGCGGCGGGCAGCCGAAGGCCACCGGUCGCCACCGCCGCUCCGCAAUACGACGCAUAGCGAUAGCACCACGACAGCUACAACACAACGGCAGCAGCAGCAGCAGCAGCAUAUAAGGUCGAACGCAGUGUUGCAACGUGUAUGGACGCUGCAACACCGUGCACGCUCCCCGCACCGCGUCUCCGGCCCAUCCCCGCCCCGGCCGGGACGGCGGUCGGCGGCCGUCAUACACUCAGUGCGUCGACGGCGACCGAGGUCGGCCGACCCGACUGCGCGCGCCGCGCACCGUGUCGCACGGCGGCGGCGGCGGCGGCGGCCGUGGUCGAUACGCGCGAGGGGUAACAAAACGGAGAGCGAAAAUCACGUCCCGGCGGCCGCGACCCUUGCGUCACUGCGAUCGCGCGGCGGACGGGUGGCGGUGCGCGGGAUAGCCGGCAGACCCGCGCGAACGCAAUUCGCAGCGGCGGCGGCGGCGGCGGUGGUGGACGGAACGGACGGACGAGCGCGACCGGCGCGGCGGCGGGGAAACGUCGGCGGCGACGGCAACGGCGAAUGCGGCGGGCGGCGGCGCCGCAGUAUUCGCACAGUGCGCACGCUCGCGGUUAGUGCGAUUUUACCCGAUGCAAAAACGUCAGCGCGAAACUUCGCGACUCGUCAGUUUGACCUACUGCAUUAUGCCAUUUUCGCCUUCCGGUCCGCUGCUGCUGCCGUUCUGCGAGUGUGCGUCGCGCGUGUGUGUGUGUGUGUGUGAAUGAACGUGUGUGCGCGCGUUUUUUUAUCAGUGUGUGUGUGUGUGUGUGUGCGUACGCAAAGCGAGUGCGUUUUUUUUUUUUUUUGCUCCCCCAAUCACGAGAUUGCAAUUUUUUUCACUCACGUCCAUCGUGUCGAUUAAAUAAUUUUUGUAACACAAUUUUCCCGCAAACACGACAAAACACUCGCGGGGAGAGUAACUCGCCGCGCCAAGACCUGAAAAAAAACGCAACGACCGGGGGCUGCCACCUCGAUGCCAUGAACGUAUGACGGAAUCGUCCGCCGCGCCACAGCCUGCUGAUUGGGCCAUUGAUAUGUCUUUUUAAAUAUUGUCACAACAACAAUCUGGAAUGGACCCUCAGCAACAGUUCUGUCUUAAGUGGAAUAGUUUUAGUAGCAACCUUGUAACUGCAUUUGAUAACCUUUUCAAAUCGGAAAGUUUAACAGAUGUAUCAUUGUUUUGUGAAGGCAAAACAUUCAAAGCUCACAAACUAAUUCUGGCAGCAUGCAGUAAACAUUUUCAAGAAAUAUUUGAAGCUACUCCACUAGGAUCAAGUUUAAUUGUCAUACUUGAUGGGACAUCGUCUACAAACAUGGCAUCGUUACUUGAGUUCAUGUACCGUGGGGAAGUACAAAUAUCUCAAGAGAGGCUCUCUAGUUUUUUAAAGACAGCAGACAAUUUACAGGUUAAAGGCCUGUCAUUUGAGUAUGAUAAAUUGUCACUCACAAGUCAGCGUGAACAAGGUAACAGUGAAAACAAAACAGCAAAUGAUUCUCCAAGACCAAAACAAAAUGGAUCCGCAGAAGCUCAACUUCCCUCUACCUCAUUUAAUCCACUCCCAUAUAUAACAUGUCAUUAUCGUCAAACAACUGUACAUUCAGAUCAGCAUCCUUCAUCACCUGACCCCCAGAGAAAUAAUAAACGAGCGCACCAUAACAAUCCCAACUCAACGCCAGUUUCCGAUACACUUGGUGUUCGAGCUUCUGUCUUAAGAGAUGGUUCCAGACCCGAACGUGAAUCUCCUCUUUCUAUGACCUACUCUUCACAUUCAUCAUCGCAUCUGGAAAAUUCUCAUCAGCCCCAAACAAAUAAUUCUGGUCCUGUAGACGCUACUACUUCAUCACAUCAUUACCGUAAUGUGACUACUAAUAACUGUGGAGAAGAUCUGCGAAUUAAAUCUGAACCUGCAACAACGGCACCAAAUUCUGGGGAAUUUCCACAAAUUACAAAUACGACCAAUGAAUGGAAAACACCAGAUAAUGGGACAACACCACCAUCUCCUUCGAAUCACUCGUGGAAGAUAGAUACAUCCCAUAAAAACGUUGUUUCAACUCUAACUCCUGAUGGUAAAAAAUUACAAUGUCCAUAUUGUGAACGGUUAUAUGGUUAUGAAACAAAUCUUAGAGCUCAUAUAAGACAGAGGCAUCAAGGGAUUCGAGUUCCGUGUCCUUUCUGUGCUCGAACAUUUACACGGAAUAAUACAGUGAGACGGCACAUCGCCAGAGAACACAAAACAGAAAUUGCAGUGAAAUCAAAUCCAACAUUUCCACAAACUGCAAAUCACAAUCAAUAACUCUAAACAAAUCUACCUCUUUCCCAAAUAUUUUACCCUCCCCAACACUAUAUAUAAUAUAUCUACCUCUCCUUAAGCAUUAAUCAUACCACCAGUUGAAUAUAAAAUAGUCUGGUACAUAAGCAAACUGCAGACUAACUGCCUUUAAAGUACAAAUGUAAACCAUAAACACUUCUGCAACUAUUAAGACUGAUGAAGGUGGUGUUAGUUUUUAGGUGAAAAUACAUUUUUAUGACACCGCCUUCAAUGUGAAACUUACCUCAAUGAUUUUUACACGUUAUAUAUUCAAAUAUAACUUAUAAUAUAUUAUUUAUAAUAUUAAAAAUGUUAAUGUUGAUUCUGUGGAUUGCUUAUGUCUCCAUAAGUUAUAGUAAUACGCUGUUAGUUAAGUCAUUAAGCAGCUCUCUUAUCAUUUAUUGUGUAUUGAUAAAAAAAAAGUGGCUUUGAAUGGUACAUUUUAAUAUAAUUUGUAUUCAUUUUUAUAAGUAAUUGAAAUCGGUUUUCGUUGUUAAUUGUUAGCUUGUAUUCUAGAAAAUUCAAGCCCUUAUUUAAAAAUGGGGUUUAUAAUAUUGCCUCGAGGGAAAGGGGGGAUUAUUAGCUUUAUUGUUAAAUUUUGAUGUGGACUCUUUGGGUUAAUAGCUCUAAAUUAUACAUAUUUAACAUUGAGGUAUUAAUAACUUCUCAUCUAGUAUUUGAAACGAUGUUAUGAAUUUGAUUGUUUAGGUAUUGAAUUAUAAAUGUGUUGCAUUUUUUAAGAAAAAUUUAUUUCAAGUACAUCUGAAUUAUGAUACUAUGCACGUGGAUUAACAUUAUAUAAAAUUUUAAUUUAUAAUUAAUAUAUUUACAGCGUGUAAUGUUUCAUUUAUAGUCAGAAUAAUUUCCAAGUAUAAAAAAAAAAGAAGGAAAUAUUAUUAUUAGAAAAUAGAGACAAAGCCUAGAACAAUCUAUUAACAAAAUAUCAUAUUUUUAGUGUAAUACACUAUUUGUAUUACCAGUAUGCUUAUUUAUACACUGUUGUAAUUUGUAUUUUGAAUGCAUUACACUUGGUGAACAUAUUAGUUAAAAUCUAUUAUUAUUGCAUUAUAUAUUGUACCUGAUUAAAAAUUUUAAUUCAAUUCAAAUAUCUUAAAAACAAAAAUGUACCAUUCAUUUUCCAAAAUGUAACCGUUAAUGUUUUUUUUUAAUACUAGUCAUAUAAUACUGCUCCACUAGUCACAAUAUAAUCGAAGCCAGAAUUUGUUUUUAUUGUGUUAUUAUGCAUACUUAAAAUAAUUGUAUAUUAUAUAUGUAUACCUUGAUUAUAAAUCCAAAUAGAAAUUUAUUUUUAUAUUUGGAAUCAAUGUUAAAGCGCUUGUCGUUCGCAUACAUCUUUAUAUUAAAAAAAUUUGUUUUAGGCAUAUAUUUUUUUCUUGAUUACAUUUUUAUGUAGUCAAUGACACAUUUAAUAAUUCAAUUAAGACGUCAUCGCUACUUUAAUUAAAUAACUUGUUUCGGCUUAAUGUACAAAUUUUAAAUUAAGUAAAUAUUUUAUGUUUAAAAAAAAAAAUAUAAAAAAAAAAAAUUUAAAAAAAAUAUUAACAAUAAUAUUAUUAAUAAAGUAUAAAAUGAGGCGAACUGCGGCGGAGACAUAAGUCAAUAAUAUAUACUUACCAUUUCGCCUCGUGUAGUUUUAAUGUAACGAUAGUACAAGUAUUUUUAAUACCACAUGUUAUAGUUUUUAUUAGGUUAAGCUGUUUUAUUAUUUAUUUUGUUAUUUAAACCAUUAAGAAUUUUAUUAUAUGUUUUUGCCUGUUUCAUAACUAAAAAACGUAUACCUACAUUAUUUUCGCAGUCACUUUACACACUAAACAAACUGUAAGAUUCAAAAUUUUUUUGCAUAUUUAUUUGUUAUUUUGGUUUGUCUUACACAGGUAAAUUGGUUGGUCAUUAUGUUUAUUUUGUUUUUUUAUGUUUCAUUACAUAAUUUCCAACUGUUAAAUGGCACUAAACCUUUUUCUUAUUUAUUUUGUGUAAGAUAUGCCAUUCAUAACAUAUUAUUUUUAUAAUUAAUUAUUAUUAUUAUUGUUACAAGCAUUUUAUUAUAUGAUUUAUUAAUCUUUUUUUUUUUUUUUCGUUUAGUGAUAAUUGAAACAAAAUGAUUACCGUGUUUGGUACAUAACUCAGAGUACAAUUUGGUGUCUUAAGUAAAGUUUAUUAGUAAAGAAAUAUAUGAUAUUAUUUGGGGAAUUUUUUGCACUAAAAUUAAGGUGCAGACAAUCUGUAAUAUGUUUGUUCAGUAUUCUGUUAUAAGUUAUGACAUUCCACAUUUAGAGUGACGUUAAGUGUUAAUUCUUUAUUGUUGUUAGGUAAACAUCACUUUAAGAAAUUAUAUAGUAAUAUUUUUAAUGAUGACCUAUAGUACAAAUUGACUACCUCCACUUCUGAUAAGUUUUAGAAUAAUUAAAUUAUAUAAAUUAGGCUAAUAUUAUCUAAUUCAUAUCUAUAGUUUUUUGUUUAAGUAAGUUUUAAUAUUAUUUUAAUUAUCAUUAUUAUUGUAAUCAAUGUAAAUCAUUGUUUCCUAAUCCAUCUACCUCUUUUUUUUUUUAAAUAUAUAUUAAUAAUAUGAUUUUGUAAAAAUAUAGUACAAAACAGUGCAAAAAAUUCCUCCGUUUAUUUUCUUUCUUUCAUUUUCUAAAUGUACAAAGUUAAUAUUAAUAGUUAAGUAAUAUAGGAUUAUAAAAAAUUGUGUUGUUAUGUUAAUGUUGCUGAUUUGUAGGUAUUUUGUUAGUGUUUGAAUUUAUUCCAUGUGUCACCAUUUUGAGUAAAUAUUUAAUCUAGUAUGUAAGUUUUGCUGUGAUUAUUCUGUUUAUACCAUUUGUAUAGUUUCACUGAAUCAGCCAUUUAUAUUCUUUUUUAAAUGUAUUUAUUAAUUUGUUGUUUACAUUUCAAUUGCUUGCAAAUCAAUGUUAUACAAUUAAAACACAAGAAAAUAUUUUUAAAAAGAAAAAAAACUUGCUUAAGUAUGUUAAUUUGCAGGUACAUUUUUCAAGACUUUUGUAUAUAAUUUUUGUGAGUUACAAAAGAACUUGUUAAAUUGUCAGGGUAUGUUUUGAUUGUAUUAUGUCUAUUCUCUGGUGGAAAUCAUCAAAUUAACAAAUUUCUUACAUGACUGGCUGAUUUAUAAAUUAAUUGAUGAUAAAUUACAAUAUAAUUUUUUUUUUGA